UUAGCCCAGACAGGAUGAAGCCUUUGGCCGUGGGCUCUCGGGACAGAGUGGAAGUCUGUGGGUUUAGCUGGGGACACACCGGCCUGCCCCGAGGCCCCUGCGCCGAACAGAGGACAGGAGAGGGAGAACUGUCGAGGAGGCCCAACCCCAGGAGCUCCACGCUGGCAGGCACCUGGUUGGAGGAAGUCUGCGGACGUCAUAGACUCGGCGGCUGCUCUGCUUUCAUGGAGACCAGGGAGUCUGGAGGCCGGGAGAAGCCCCGGGAGAAAGCAGUGACUGGCUCAGGGCAACCAAGCGCCGACCCCGCCCCCGCCGAGGCCAGGCCCCAGUUACUCUGCAGGAAAGAGGAGACACCCUGCACCGACCAGGAGAGCCGGGACGGAGAGCCCCACCGCCGCACCUCCCUUCAGAGGAACUCCAUCUUCAAUCGGGCCGUGAGACACAGGGGCAAGGUCAAGGCCAGAGACUCCCUGGAACAGGAUGCCAGCCGCCCCGCAGAUUCACAGGGACGUGGGAAAUCCACCACUGAGCCCCCGACCUUGAGUCCCCGCCACAGCAGAAAGCCGGCCUGGAGAAAGCCGACGCGGACAGACCCCGGAGCCCAGAGAGCGAGCGAGUCGUCCUCCACCCCGGGAAAUGGAGCCACGCCCGAGGAGUACCCGGCCCUCGCCGACAGCCCCACCACGCUCACCGAGGCCCUCCAGAUGAUCCGCCCCAUCCCCGCCGACUCCUGGAGAAACCUCAUCGAACAAAUAGGGCUCUUGUAUCAGGAAUAUAGAGAUAAGUCAACUCUGCAAGAAAUUGAAACCAGGAGGCAACAAGAUGCAGAGAUCCAAGGCAGUGAUGGGUCCCCAGCCAGCGAGGACACUCCGGAGGAGGAGGAAGAAGAGGAGGAGGAGCUGCCCAGCCCACCUGAGAGGAAGGCUCUGCCCCAGAUCUGCCUGCUCAGUAACCCCCACUCGAGGUUCAACCUCUGGCAGGAUCUUCCUGAGAUUCAGAGCAGUGGAGUGCUGGAGAUUCUGCAGCCAGAGGAGAUCAGGCUGCAGGAGGCCAUGUUCGAGUUGGUCACCUCCGAAGCCUCCUACUACAAGAGCCUGAACCUGCUGGUGUCGCACUUCAUGGAGAACGAGCGGCUGAAGAAGAUCCUGCACCCGUCCGAAGCGCACAUCCUCUUCUCCAACGUCCUGGACGUCAUGGCGGUCAGUGAGCGGUUCCUCCUGGAGCUGGAGCACCGGAUGGAGGAGAACAUCGUCCUGUCCGACGUGUGCGACAUCGUGCACCGCUACGCGGCCGACCACUUCUCCGUGUACAUCACCUAUGUGAGCAACCAGACCUACCAGGAGCGGACCUACAAGCAGCUGCUCCAGGAGAAGGCGGCCUUUCGGGAGCUGAUCACACAGCUGGAGCUCGACCCCAAGUGCAGGGGGCUGCCCUUCUCCUCCUUCCUCAUCCUGCCUUUCCAGAGGAUCACGCGCCUCAAGCUCCUAGUCCAGAACAUUCUGAAGAGGGUCGAAGAAGGGUCUGAACGGGAAGGUACCGCCUCGGAUGCCCACCGAGAGCUGGAAAUGGUGGUAAAGGCCUGCAACGAGGGUGUGAGGAAAAUGAGCCGCACCGAGCAGAUGAUUAGCAUUCAGAAGAAGAUGGAGUUUAAGAUCAAGUCGGUGCCCAUCAUCUCCCACUCCCGCUGGCUGCUGAAGCAGGGCGAGCUGCAGCAGAUGUCGGGCCCGAAGACGUCCCGAACCCUGCGGACCAAGAAACUCUUCCGGGAAAUUUACCUCUUCCUCUUCAACGACCUGCUGGUCAUCUGCCGCCAGAUUCCGGGGGAUAAGUACCAGGUGUUUGACUCAGCGCCGCGGGGCCUGCUCCGCGUGGAGGAGCUGGAGGACCAGGGCCAGACGCUAGCCAACGUGUUCAUCCUGCGGCUGCUCGAGAACGCCGACGACCGGGAGGCCACCUACAUGCUGAAAGCCACCUCUCAGAGCGAGAUGAAGCGCUGGAUGACCUCGCUGGCCCCCAACAGGAGGACCAAGUUCGUCUCGUUCACGUCCCGGCUGCUGGACUGCCCCCAGGUCCAGUGCGUGCACCCAUACGUGGCGCAGCAGCCAGACGAGCUGACGCUGGAGCUCGCCGACAUCCUCAACACCCUGGACAAGACGGAAGAUGGGUGGAUCUUCGGCGAGCGUCUGCAUGACCAGGAGAGAGGGUGGUUCCCCAGCUCCAUGACUGAGGAGAUCCUGAACCCCAAGAUCCGGUCCCAGAACCUCAAAGAGUGUUUCCGUGUGCACAAGAUGGACGACCCUCAGCGCAGCCAGAAUAAGGACCGCAGGAAGCUGGGCAGUCGGAGUCGGCAAUGACCCUGGCCCGCCAGCUGGGCAGGGGCAUGGGCAGGCAGGGCAGGGAGGGCUCUGGGGGUGGGUCAGCACCUCCCCAGGCAGCAAGAUAUGAUUUGGGGUGCCCGCCCUGUGUCGCAAAGGAAGGGCACGCACAUCUCCCUGACCAGCCUGUGCUGAGGAAGUGGACCUUACGCCGUGUCACCCCGCCUCCCUCUCGUCUCAGAGGGCUGGAGGGGGUGGUGUGCUCCAGGGCUCAGCCUGGAGGCCCCAGGCCCAGGGUCCCUGGCGGGGCAGGCGGGAGGCGAUCCCUGCACGUGUCCUCCUCCACCCUGGAAGCCGUUAGAAUCUUCCAGGUGAGCUGCCGUUGCCUGACGGAGCUUGACGGGAAGCCCUGGUCUCCGAUUCACAGGACCGCG